AUGACUAUCAUCGAACGAGGAAUCGCCCACUCGCGGCGGAAGUCGCGCAAGGCGCACUUCAGUGCUCCUUCCAGCGAGCGCCGUGUCAUCAUGAGCGCUCCUCUCAGCAAGGAACUCCGUGAGAAGUACAAUGUCCGCGCUCUGCCCAUCCGCAAGGACGACGAGGUCACCAUCGUCCGUGGCUCCAACAAGGGCCGUGAGGGCAAGAUCACCAGCGUCUACCGUCUCAAAUACGUCGUCCACGUUGAGCGUGUCGUCCGCGAGAAGUCCAACGGCCAGAGCGUCCCCAUCGGCAUCCACCCCUCCAAGGUCGUCAUCAGCAAGCUGAAGCUCGACAAGGACCGUGAGAGCAUCCUCGAGCGCAUCGGCAAGGGUCGUGAGGCGAGAGCCAAGGCCAAGGCUUCUGCUUAA